AAAAUUCAUAUUCGUUUCCACCAGUGAAUACUAUCCUCAAUUUUUAAGUAGUCAAUAUCCUAGUCAAAAUCUGUAAACUUUCGCGAUGAUGAGAAUAACAAUACGAAUAUUAAUUCCAUUACUGCUGAUGGUAAAUUCAUCAGCAGGAAUAUAUAUAUUGAAUCUUCUCGCUGAUUAUGGACUGACAGGUCCUUAUGGAAUGAGAAUAGAAAAAUUACCAAGAUUUGAUGACUAUGAUUUCAUCAUCGUCGGUUCUGGGCCUGGUGGUGCCCCAGUGGCCAAUCGCUUAUCAGAAAAUAGAAAUUGGAAAGUUUUGAUUUUGGAAGCUGGUAAACCAGAAGGAAUUUUACAUCAAAUACCGUCAGUUCGUUUUGCAAGAUCAGAGUACGACUGGCAAUACGUUAGUGAGCCACAAGAAAAAGCCUGUUUAGGAUUGAUAGAUCGUCGGGGUGCAUAUACACAGGGAAAAUCACUGGGUGGUUCGACUUCCAUCAAUGGUAUGGUUUACUCGAGAGGACAUAAAAUUGAUUUUGACCUUUGGGCUAAAGAAGGUAAUUAUGGUUGGUCCUAUGAUGAGAUACUGCCCUAUUUCAAGAAGAGUGAACGAGUUAGACUUCAAGAGCCCGUGGACAAAGCUUAUCGCGGCACAAGGGGAUACGUACACGUGCAGAAUGCACGAUGGCGUACUCCCCUGGCAACAGCUUUCGUUGAUUCCGCGAAAGAACUCGGUUACGAUGUCAUAGACUACAAUGGAAAAAGGCAAAUUGGAUUUUCCUAUACCCAUUUAACAAUGUUCAAUGGUUCGCGAUGGAGUUCUUCGCGGGCAUAUCUUCGUGUAAAUCGAUUGAACUUAGAUAUCGUGCCAGAAGCAACAGUAACAAAAGUAUUGAUUGACAAAUUCAAUCGUGCGUACGGUGUCCAGUUUACAAAAAACAACAAGACAUAUCGAAUUAAUGCUAAGAAAGAAGUUAUUCUAUCAGCUGGUGCAAUCAGCACACCCAAACUAUUAAUGUUAUCUGGAGUUGGACCUAAAGAACAUCUGAAUGAAUUGGGAAUCAAAGCUAUCAAGGAUGCUAGAGUUGGAUACAAUCUAUGUGACCAUGUGGCAUUUGUUGGUCUCACAUUUUUGAUAAACGACACUGUCAGUUUGAAUAUUAAAAAUAUCCAGGGCCCAGAAUUUGCUCAACAAUAUGUUGUCAAUGGAACUGGUCCCCAAUCUACAUCCGGUACAGAAGCACUGGCAUUCACUCGCUCAAAAUAUGCACUGGACGCCCGACCAGAUAUGGAAUUAUUUUUUAUACCAGCAGCAAUGCACGUGGACAAUGAUAAAGGUUUUCGUAUUGUUCGUCGUGUUACCCAAGAAAUUUAUGACAAAGUUUGGAAGCCCCUCGAAGGCCAAGAUGCCUGGACGAUCAUGCCCGUACUACAGCUGUCUCAAAGCAAAGGACGGAUUCGACUUAACUCAACUAAUAUCGAUGAUCAUCCCUUAAUCAAUCCCAACUUACUAGACGAUCCAAUCGACCUAAAAAUUCUUGUAGAAGGUAUUAAACAGUCAAUAGCAAUAUCGAAAUCCAAAGCGUUCCAACGAUAUGGCACUAGACUACAUGAAAUCAAAAUUCCUGGAUGUGAAAAUUUGGAAUUUAACUCCGAUGAUUACUGGCAGUGCGCAGUUAAAUAUUUAACAAUUCCCUAUCUUCAUGAAGUUGGUACUGCCAAAAUGGGACCAUCCACAGAUCCCACUGCUGUCGUUGAUCCUGAAUUGAGGGUUUAUGGAAUAAAAGGUUUGAGAGUUAUCGAUGCUUCUAUAAUGCCGGAGGAACCAGUGGGUCAUCUGAUGGCAACAAUUUACAUGAUCGCCGAAAAAGGUGCUGAUAUGAUCAAACGUACAUGGUCAACGUAGCAAACACUAUCAAAUUCUAAUUUCUCAUUGUAAUCCAAUAAAUAAAAAUACAUAAUCGACAAAUAUAUCCAUAUAGUACCCUGAGAUAUAAUUUCUAAUUGCUAUUAUCGGCGUCACUCCAUCCAUGAUUAAAACUCGGAAUUUUAUCGAACGGAUGAGUGUACGAUCCGCUGAGGAACAACAACAAUGUGUACUCAUUAUCUGGCGGUACAGGAUGCAAUUACAUUGUCGAUAAAGUCGUAAAUUUCAAGUGUAAAUAUAAUAAAUAAAUAUUAUAUUUGCAGAAUCUGAGACACGAGUCCAAACAAUGAAUGAUAAAUAAAAUACGAUGAUGUACCUUCAA